UAAUCGUUUGAUUUUCUGUUGCAAUGUCGAAAGCAAAAGUGUCCGCGGAAUGGAGGAAACGCGUCAAAUCGGAAUAUAUGCGCUUACGACAAAUGAAACGAUAUAAACGGGCAGAUGAGGUGAAAAUAGCUUGGAAUCAUAGUCGUAAGGUUAUGUCCGAACUUUUGGUAGCUGAACAAAAGCGAUGGGCAGACGGAAAGGCAAUGUGGCUCGCGAUGCAAGAUAUACCGCCGCAUGUAUCCUGCAUGAAAAAAGCAGAAGUCACCAGCUCCGAUGGUGACAUACAAUCCUGUCCAGUUAAAAUUAUUAAUGCAGUUACUCCGAUACCGACCAUGUAUACCUGGGCUCCCAUACAACAGAAUUUCAUGGUUGAAGAUGAAACUGUAUUACACAACAUACCUUAUAUGGGAGAUGAAAUUUUAGAUCAGGAUGGUACAUUUAUUGAGGAACUGAUAAAAAAUUACGAUGGAAAGGUACACGGAGAUAGGGAAUCAGGUUUCAUGGAUGAUUCCAUUUUUGUCGAUCUGGUAAAUGCUUUGGUACAGUAUGAGAAGGAUGACAAGGAAAGAGAACAGACCAAGAAGGGGAAGGAAAAGGAAGAUGAUAAGGAUAAAGAUAGAAAAGCAGAUGUCAAAGUUGAAAAGUCGUCUGAAGAAAAUAAAACUAAUAAAAACCUAUUUCCCUCUAUGCAUAUAUUCAAUGCGAUAUCUAGUAUGUUCCCGGACAAAGGUAAACCGGAAGAAUUGAAAGAAAAAUAUAUAGAAUUGACAGAAAGGUCGGAUCCGAACGUUUUGCCGCCAGAAUGUACGCCGAAUAUAGACGGAGUGAACGCGAAGAGUGUGCCUAGGGAACAAACUAUGCAUUCCUUUCAUACUCUGUUCUGCAGAAGAUGCUUCAAAUAUGACUGUUUUCUACAUCCAGCCAGGGGAGCGUCGCCGCCAGGUCUUCAAGUAUGUCACCCAGGACCGAAUUUGCAGAAGCGAAAAGGGCCUGAUCUGAAACCUUUUUCCGAAGCGUGCGGGACAGAAUGUUACAUGCAUUUGGAGGGAAUGAAGGAGAAACUUGCAGCUCAAGCGGCAGAUAUUAAGGAUGAAGAGAGCGACGAGAAGCGCGCCGGUGGACCUCGAAAGGUGCGGAAACAAGCAAGUGUAGAUUCUGGAAACGAAGCGAGCAGCGAAGAUAGCAACGACAGCAAUAAAUACAGUCAGGGAGGUGGUUGCCAAGAUUUUAAGCAGAACGUGAAUAAAGAGACGAAAUCUGAAGAAUCGAUGGAGGAUCAAGCUCAUCAGCCGGAAAAUCAAGCGCCGUUUACGCUUUUGGGGCUGGAUAAACGAGUCAAAACGGAAAGCGAACUUUCGUGGACAGGUUCGGAACAAAGUUUGUUUCGAGCUCUUCAUAAAGCUUUUCCUGGUAAUCCAUGCGCAUUAGCACAGAUAAUGCUGACAAAAACGUGUCAAGAAGUCUAUCAAUUUGCACAGAAGGAAGCCUCAGACAUUCCAGCUGUUGAAAAUUUGAAAGACUUUACUCCACCACGAAAGAAGAAGAAGAAACAUCGUCUUUGGUCUAUGCACUGUAGAAAGAUACAGCUGAAAAAGGAUUCUGGUGCCAAUCAUGUCCAUAAUUUUGCGCCAUGUGACCAUCCGGGAAGACAAUGCGACAACUCUUGUCCGUGUAUACAAGCUCAAAAUUUCUGUGAGAAGUUCUGCCAAUGCAGCAGUGAAUGCCAAAAUCGUUUUCCAGGAUGUAGGUGCAAAGCUCAGUGUAACACGAAACAAUGUCCCUGUUACUUAGCCGUACGGGAGUGUGAUCCAGACUUGUGUCAAACGUGCGGAGCAGAUCAGUUUCAUAUCACCAAAAUAUCUUGCAAAAACGUCAGCGUUCAACGUGGUCUCCACAAACAUCUUCUAAUGGCACCGUCCGACGUGGCUGGUUGGGGAAUAUUUCUGAAAGAAUCUGCGGCAAAAAAUGAAUUCAUAUCGGAAUACUGCGGUGAAAUCAUAAGUCAAGAUGAAGCAGACAGACGAGGCAAAGUAUAUGAUAAAUACAUGUGUAGCUUCCUCUUCAAUCUUAACAAUGACUUCGUCGUGGAUGCUACUCGUAAGGGUAACAAGAUAAGAUUCGCCAAUCAUUCGAUAAAUCCAAACUGUUACGCAAAAGUAAUGAUGGUAAACGGCGACCACAGAAUAGGUAUUUUUGCAAAAAGAGCUAUUCAACCUGGCGAGGAAUUAUUUUUCGAUUACAGAUACGGACCAACGGAGCAAUUGAAAUUCGUGGGUAUUGAACGUGAAAUGGAAUUUUUAUAACGCGAAACAGAAUCUAUUAAGUAAUAUUGUACAUAAAUAAGAGACGUAUGAGAGGGAGCGAAUGAGCGAUAGA